UGACUUAUAUAACUGUGGAACAUCACGCUGAUUGGCUGAACGGAUUGUUCCUUUGUAUUAUUGGCAAUUCCAGCUCAAUAAGUUGCUGGCGACCGUAAAGACGUUAUGUUAUUUAUACACAUUGGGUAUUUGGCUAUGAGAAAGUUAAAAAAGCUCUUAUUCUUCGUGUUGGCUUUGACUAUCCUAUUCUAUUUUUUCAAUUCGCUUUACGUUAGCCAGGAACCAGGGGCUCUUAUUGAUGUCAAUAUCAGUGGAAUAAAGAAAGACAACUAUUAUUUUGUAACUGCUAUAACUUCCAGUGAAUUCGACUGGCUGUUGAAAUUCAUGGACACAGCUCUCGCUCAAAAUGAAGACGUGAAUGAACUGAUGUUUAUUAUAUGGACUCUAAAUCUGCGUACGUGUGAAACGGAGUAUUUGACACGUCAAGUUCGAUUUAACGUGAAAGUCUAUCGCUUUCCAUACCAUUAUCAUCCCCUUCACGUCAGGUUGUAUCAUAUAGCGGCGAUAAAACCCAUUGUACUCAAAAAAAUGGUGAACAUGUACGGCGAAGCUGUUUGGAUUGAACCGCACACCGAACCGUCAUUCUCGUUGUCUGCCAUUUCACUAAAAUUGAACCUUAAAGGGUCCAUGAUGGUCAGUACUUCAAGAAAAUUGCCCGAAGGACAAUGUGUGGUCAAUGUAGUUGGUUUCAGCCUACUUAGAUUCUUCUCCUUUUUGACAGAGUGGGAGUCAUGUGCUAUAAACGCAUCUUGUAUCGCCGAAGCAAUUGGCAAAAAGGAUGAUGAUGCUCCACCAGGCACAGAUCGAUUGUUCAAAUUCGUAAGAAAGAAACGACAUUUGCGUUGUGAAAUUUUAGGCGUAAAGUAUGAUCGCAAUUUUGCAGAUGACUCUUCGCUCAUUUUUAAAAAUUGGAACCAGUAUCGCCAUACUUGUCGGCAACAUGAAGGCUGUAUUUUAACAGGAACCCACAAAUAUUUUCUGGAUUGUCUUAAUCCAAACCUUCCACGACUACGUAAGAACAAGCAAAAGUAUGCAGCGCACCACGGCUACGCUUAUCUGGAAGAGACGUACGGGUUCCAUCGCGAUGCACCGUGCCACAAAGUUUGGAAUAAAGUACACGCUAUUUUUAAGUAUCUUCCUGACUGCAAACUGUUACUUUGGAUCGAUACAGAUGCAAUGUUUGUUGAUAUGAAGAGAUCUCUUAAGGACGCUAUGAACUCUGAUGAGUUAGAUCUUCUUGCUGCUUGGCCGCCCGAGGACAGAAUGUUGAACGCUGGCGUUCUACUUAUGAGAAAUACUGCCACCGUGCGCGAGUUUUUCAUAAAUGUAACAUCUGGUCGAACUUGGAAAUAUAACUGGUGUACAAAAUCAGCUUUUGAGCAAGCUGGCAUUGUCGAUCAGCUGAAUAGUGGAAGCAUGAAAGGAAAAUCUCUAGUCGAGAGAAAGAGGAACGCGUUGCAGACUUUGUGCGGUUAUCGUGACAAGGACAACGAUGAUUGUUCAUUUCCAACUAAAGAAGAUUUCAUAUUCCACGUUGCGCCUUCAAAAUGUCCUCAAAUGCUUUACCUUCUCAACAAUUUUUUCGAAAAGAAUCCUCACUUGUGGUAAUAUGCACGUGGUCACUAACGCACUCUUUAUACAUGUACGUUAUCUUACUAAAAAGGAUAUCGAUGUAAAGACUAAAGAGUGCUAACAAUUGACCAUUGAAAGUGUAAGCAACCUUAAAACGAAAAAUAUCAAGCCUGGGUUUGCCUGGCAUACGCAUGUAAAUACUUUCCUGUUAUAUUCUCAUUUGUUAGUUUUACAAAUCAAUCUAUUGUGAAAUUUUAAUCGUGAUCACUAUAUGCUAAACCUACGGGUGAAUUACUGUCCAUGUUUUGCUGAUAGAAUUUACGUCAAAUUCCCAGGAACAGAAAAGCAUUUGUGCUUGUGCGUUAUAUGAGCUACAGGAGUAGCGAUGUGUCCACAUACGUAGCUUACAAUACUUUAUGCACCUGCAGGAUAGGCAAAUUCUCCUCAUCUUGUGGACGCUGUCUGAGAGAAUAGAACCUGUCGGCCAAUAACUUGUGCAACCGUUGUGACGUCAUUUCAGGUUCAAACUAGAGAUUUCUAUGAAGCGAUAUCACUUCAUGGAAAUCAUGUAAACAAUCAAGUUUAUGUCGUGGGAAACUUGGGGGAAAAGAAGGAUGGAAUCCGAUCCUUGUAUUUUUGCUACUCACUACCUAUUGAAAUUAAGGUUAAGGAGUAUGGCCAAUAAAAUGAAACAAUUUGCAAUCUUAGUAUGAUUCUACGAAUAUAUCUGUAUAUAUUAUAGCCAGAGCUGUCAGAUACUAAAUUAUACCCCAUUAUCUUGGUUUUGAAA